AUGGAACAUCUCAGUGUUGCUCAAUCAGAAUCUGAGAUCAAAGAGGAUACUUCUUUGAAGAAUAAUCCUCCAGACAAAGAUAAGGACAAAGACACAAACAUGGAACCACCUACUAGUCCACGUCAUCGGGAGGUUAUUGCUAGAUGGUUACCAGCUGAAGCACAGAGACCAAUCAUCGACGAAGCUCCAGUUUUCUCUCCAUCAUCAGAGGAGUUUGAAGACACACUAUCUUACAUCGAAAAGAUACGUCCACUAGCAGAGCCGUACGGUAUAUGCCGAAUCAUCCCGCCCUCGACGUGGACACCUCCUUGCCGUCUCAAGGAGAAGACCAUAUGGGAGCACACAAAGUUCCCCACCCGGAUACAGAACGUGGACCUCCUCCAGAACCGAGAGCCGAUGAAGAAGAAACCAAAGAGCAAGAAACGAAAACGAAGAAGAAACGGUUCUUCUAGGAGACGUUCUUCUCCUCCAUCCGAGCCUGCUGCUUCCUCCUCCUCCUCCUCUCCCGAAGCCGAGGAGAAGUUCGGUUUCAACUCUGGCUCGGACUUCACACUCGAGGAGUUUGAGAAGUACGCGCUGCAUUUCAAAGAAUCAUACUUUGAGAAGAAAGACACGAAAUGGACACCCUCCGUGGAGGAGAUCGAAGGCGAGUACUGGCGCAUCGUGGAGACGCCGACGGACGAAGUGGAGGUUUACUAUGGAGCUGACUUGGAGAACGGGGUACUCGGGAGCGGGUUCUACAAGAGAACGGAAACGCUAACCAGUAGCAGCGAUCUUGACCAGUACGUAGCUUCGGGAUGGAACUUGAACAACUUACCUCGUCUCCCCGGCUCUGUCCUCUCGUUCGAGGAUUGUGACAUCUCUGGAGUGUUAGUCCCGUGGCUCUACGUUGGAAUGUGUUUCUCUUCGUUCUGCUGGCACGUGGAGGACCAUCAUCUUUACUCUUUGAACUACCAUCACUUUGGAGAGCCGAAAGUGUGGUACGGUGUUCCUGGAAACAAUGCGACCGCGUUAGAGAAGGUGAUGAGGAAGCAUUUGCCUGAUUUGUUUGAUGAACAGCCUGAUCUUCUUCAUGGUUUGGUUACUCAGUUCUCUCCUUCGAUACUGAAGGAAGAAGGAGUUGAGGUUUAUAGGGUGGUUCAGAACGCUGGAGAGUAUGUGUUGACGUUCCCGAGGGCGUACCAUGCAGGGUUCAACUGCGGUUUCAACUGCGCGGAAGCGGUUAACGUGGCUCCGGUUGAUUGGUUGGCUCAUGGACAGAACGCUGUUGAGCUCUACAGUAAAGAGACGAGGAAGAGUUCUCUUUCUCAUGACAAGCUUCUGUUGGGAGCUGCUUACGAAGGUGUGAAGUCUCUUUGGGAGCUCUCUUCUUUGGGGAAGGAGGAGAAUGCAACGAACUUGAGGUGGAAGAGUUUCUGUGGGAAGAACGGAACGCUCACGAACGCGAUCCAGGCUAGGUUACGUAUGGAAGAGGAGAGGAUUGGAGCUCUUGGAAGAGAUGCUUCGAGUUUAGUGAAGAUGGAGAAGGGUUUUGAUUCAAACUGUGAGAGGGAAUGCUCUUCAUGUUUUUAUGAUUUGCAUCUCUCUGCUUCUGGCUGCAAGUGCUCUCCUGAAGAGUACGCGUGCCUUAAACACUCGGAGGAUCUCUGUUCUUGUGAAGAGGAGGAUAGGUUUGUUCUUGUCCGUUACACCAUGGAUGAGUUAAGCUCGUUGGUGAGAGCAUUGGAAGGUGAAUCAGACGAUUUAAAGAUAUGGGCUUCUAAGGUCUUAGGCAGUCAAGAAGAUGAGACAAAGAAGACUAGUUCGGUUGUCAGUGAAGAGAAGAAGUUGAAGAAAGGCUCUUCGUUUGAUCUAAACAUCGACUUAGAGUUGGACUGUCAUGAAGAAGACGUUAAAGAAGAAGAAGCCAGCACCAGUGGAGAGUUAGCCGCUUCAGAGAGCUUUGGUGGGUCGAUCGAGCCAAUGAGCCUCGGGUUCUUGAUUUUUGGAAAGCUUUGGUGCAAUAAACAUGCCAUAUUCCCAAAAGGAUUCAAGAGCCGUGUCAAGUUCUACAACGUUCUUGAUCCGACAAGAAUGAGCAAUUACAUCUCCGAGGUUUUAGAUGCAGGACUCAUGGGACCAUUGUUCAAGGUUACUCUGGAAGAGUCUCCAGAAGAGAGCUUCUUCAAUGUCUCGGCACAACAAUGCUGGGAAAUGGUGCUGCAGAGAGUUAGAGAUACAUCCACAAUUCUUGGUCUUCCUACUUCACCGCGGUUUGAGGGUAUCAACGGGCUUCAAAUGUUUGGUUUCCUCUCGCCGUCUAUAGUUGAGGCCAUUGAAGCUCUUGACCCGAACCAUCGACUAGUAGAGUACUGGAACCACAAGAGCCAAACUUCAUCGGAAUCAAAAGAUCACUUCAUAUCAUCAAACCGCUCCGUGAGUUUGACCAAAGGAAAACUUUUCGGAGUAGAUUUGAUGUAA